AUGCAUUAUGCUAAUAUGCCAAAAGAGAAAAAGGAUGAGUUGUUGCAGCGCAGACGGGAGCGGUAUGCUAGAAAUAAGACAACUGAUAUGCAUCCUGCUGAGGCUUCUGUCUAUUCACCUAUACCAGAGGAACAAAAAAAUAGAAAACGUCAAUGCAGAAAAGAGUUAACUGCUUUGGAAAAGCUGAAAAAGAUUGCCCCUACUGAGGCCUCUACUCCUGUAUGCAAUGUUCCCAAGUCUAUCCGCUCCCCAAAAAACAGUAGUUCCUCUGCUAAGGAACCUUCAACAGGGCAAUGUCUGAAUAGUUCAGUACCUGAGCCAUGCAGCUCUGAACCGCAGCCAAUUCUUAGCAAUAAUGAAUUAACUGAUCUGUUUGAUAGCAUAUCAACAAAACUCCAGUCUUCUUUACCUGUUUCAACUAACCAGGCUACUGUCCGUGAAGUUCAUGAUAACUCCUUGGUAGACGAAGGAACCUGUAUUGUCAAUGUUGCUCCAUGUGCUUCUUCUAAACAUAGUAGUGGCCAACAAAUUGUUGUUAACACCCAACUUGCGAACACAGGUAGGCAACGAAGGUCCAAAAAAACCAGUUUUUCUCGCUUGAAGCAGAUUCCAACCGAAUCAUUGGUCCUUCCUGAUGCUCCAAAGUGUCAGCACUGUGGGGCUCAUCGAUUCCAUUUGGAACCUCCAAAUUUUUGCUGUUCAGGUGGAGAGGUUUCUGUUGUUCAUCCUGUGAUGCCUUAUACCCUCUUCCGCCUUUAUUCUGGUACAGAUGAGGAGUGUAUUCACUUCCGCAAGAAUGCACGAACCUAUAAUAACAACCUUGCCUUCACCACUUUUGCUGCAAAAUAUGAUAGAAAAAUGACUAAAAAUCCUCAGGGAGUUUACACUUUCCGCGUCCAAGGUCAAAUUUAUCAUCUUCUUAAUAGUCUCACACCAAAUGGCCACCCUGCUACUGGUAUCCAGCUGUACUUUUAUGAUCAAGAUGAAGAAUUGUCACAGAGACUCAAUACUUCCCCAAGAUUACGGGAGAGUACUCUUAAGCUUCUGAUGGGUAUUCUUGAGCAGAAUCCUUAUACCAAAGUUUUUAAGUCUUUAAGAGAGCUUCCUAAUCUAGAUAACCAUAGCAUAUUUCUUAAUUCCAACCCAGGCCUUGACCAACGAGGUGAAUCUGGUUGGCACUACGGCAUUCCAAGAAACACUACUGCUAACAAAAGAAAAAGGCAAGAAACUGAUGAUCACAGCCAUGUUGCUUUACCUAAGAUAGGAAAUGCUAUUGAUCUUAUUCAAAAGGAAAAUGAAGUUGCUGAGGAGGGAAAGAAAAAACGGGAAACUAUUUCUGCUCGAGAGUAUUAUUGCUACAAAUUACAGAUCAGAGAUGAUGACACCUCAAUGCUCUUGCACACAAGGAGACUAUUGCAGCAAUUCUCCGUGGAUAUUUAUGUUAAGAUCGAGACUUCGAGGCUUGAAUUCCAUAGGAAAAAACAAAAAGAAAUCAGAACUGAGAUUCUUAAAGGUGUAACAGAUAGCAUCUCUUCUGGUCAGACUAACGGCGGUAAAGUUGGGCGACGCAUUUAUCUUCCAUCUUCCUUUAUUGGUGGUCCAAGGGACAUGAGACGGAGGUAUAUAGAUGCUAUGUCUUUGGUCCAGAGAUUUGGUAAGCCUGACAUAUUCAUUACUAUGACUUGCAAUAGGAUGUGGAAAGAAAUACAGGACAAUCUAAAGUAUGGAGAAGAGGCUCAAGAUAGACCUGAUUUAGUUUCAAGAGUGUUUAGAGCAAAGCUGGAAUUAUUAAAAGCUGAAGUUACAAAAAAAAAGAUAUUUGGUGAAGUGGCUGCCUGUGUGUAUGUGAUUGAGUUUCAAAAGAGAGGCCUUCCUCAUGCUCAUAUGUUGAUUAUUUUAAAGCCAGAAUAUAAGCCCCUCAAUCUUGAAGCUUAUGACAUGAUAGUUUCGGCCGAAAUACCAGAUCCUUCUAAGCAACCACAUUUAUACUCUUUGGUUAUGAAGCACAUGAUGCAUGGUCCAUGUGGUUCAUUAAAAAAGGAUAAUGUUUGUAUGAAAGAUGGGGUGUGCAAGAACCAUUAUCCAAAGAGUUUUAGUGACUACACAACUUAUACAGAAGAUGGUUAUCCUCACUAUAAAAGAAGGAUGGAUUGUCGCUGUGUAAGAGUGAGGAAUCAUUUGUUGGAUAAUAGGUGGGUUGUUCCGUACAGUCCGUAUCUUCUGGCUUUGUUUGACUGCCACUUGAAUGUAGAGAUAUGUUCCACUGUUAAGUUGGUUAAGUAUCUUUACAAAUAUGUGUAUAAAGGGCAUGAUCGUGUGAGCUUUUAUAUCCAUUCUGAAAAUACCUUUGAAGAUGUUGAUGAAAUUUUAGACUUUCAGUCUGGCCGCUGGGUGGCUGCUGCAGAGGCUUUUUGGCGGAUAUUUCGAUUUACUUUAAACGAAAUGACCCCGAGUGUCUAUGCAUUACAGGUUCAUCUUCCUGGAGAGCAAAUGGUUUCUUUUCACAGAAGAACCAAUCUUGCUGAUUUAGUUGCUGAUGUUGACUUCUCAAAAACGAUGCUAACUGAGUUCUUUUAUAUGAAUCAGACAAAUAAAGAUGCUCAGAAACUCAAUCUCCUUUACAAACAAUUUCCUGAGUUUUUUGUAUGGAGCCCAAACAAGAAACGGUGGUCUAAAAGAAAGCGUCGAAAAGUUGUUGGAAGAUUGGUGACAGUUAGCCCAGCAGAAGGAGAAAGGUAUUUCUUGAGACUGCUUUUAUCCUGUAUCUGUGGCCCUACUUCGUUUGACUGCUUGUUGAUUGUUAAUGGAGUCCGUAUGGCUUCUUAUAGAGAAGCCGCUUUCCAGAUGGGUCUGUUACAAUCUGAUACAUAUAUCGAAGACACCCUUGAUGAGGCUGCUACUUUUCAGAUGCCUUCUUCACUUAGAAGCUUGUUUGCUGUGAUGCUAAGUUUCUGCUCCCCGUCAAAUCCCAAAUACUUGUGGGAAAGAUACGAGUCUGAGCUAUCAAGGGAUUAUCAAAAAAAUAGUUCACUCACUGGAUAUACUCCUCAGUACAUCAGAAUGCUGGUACUUCAGGAGAUCAGUAAAUUUUUGGAGCAAAUGGGUAAAAGCAUGGAUGACUUUCACUUGGUUCCUGACUACCUUGGUGUUACAUUAGAUCAACGAAUUACAAAAGAAAUUGAAACUGAAAGGAAUAUUCAGUUCACAGAGGAGGAUCUGCUACUGUCUUCGAAGCUUAAUGCCGGUCAGAAAUUUGCCUACAACUCUAUCAUGAAACAGGUUUUCUCACCAAAAAAACAAAGUUUUUUCAUCGAUGGGCUAGGUGGGACAGGGAAAACUUUCCUUUAUCGGUCAAUACUUGCUACUUUGCGUUCUCAAGGCUAUAUAGCCAUUGCUGUUGCAUCGUCUGGCGUUGCUGCCUCUAUACUUCCUGGUGGGAGGACUGCACAUUCACGCUUUAAAAUCCCUCUUGAUAUAUCAGGAAAUAAGUCUUGCCAAGUUAGUAAGCAAAGCUCAACCGCUAAGUUGCUUAUAGAGGCCAAACUUAUAUUGUGGGAUGAAGCUUCGAUGGCUAAAAAGGAAACAAUCGAAGCAUUUGAUAUGCUUCUGAAAGACAUAAUGGAAUGCGAUGAUCCUUUUGGUGGCAAGCUGGUUGUUUUUGGAGGUGACUUUAGGCAGACUCUACCUGUGAUUAAAGAUGCAACAAGAGACGUUUUAGUUCUGUCAAGUGAGGGACGCGAACCAGAAGACGAAGAUGGCAAAAUAUCUUUAUGUAAGGAUAUGACAAUCCCUUAUGAUGGAAAGGAGGCUUCUCUUAACAGGUUAAUCGAAUCUGUUUUUGGUGAUCUGAAUGUGUAUUCUUCGGAUCCAUAUCAGAUGAUUAAUCGAUGUAUUCUAUCAGGAACAAAUAAUGCUGUUGAUGAUGUUAACCAGCUCAUUAUUGAUAGAUUUCCUAGAGAUCCGCAUACUUAUAUAAGUUCUGACAGAACUCUUAACGAAAGAGAUCAAGGAGACUAUGAAGACUUUCUCAAUUCUUUAAAUCCAAAGGGGUUACCACCUCAUAAGUUGAUCUUGAAAGAGAACUGUCCAAUUAUUCUGCUCAGAAACUUGAACCCAAUGGAAGGCCUUUGUAAUGGUACCAGGCUUAUAUGUAGAGAGCUGCGCCACAACACUAUUUGUGCAGAGAUUGCAGUGGGUCAGUACCGCGGUAAAAGAGUUUUCUUGCCAAAGAUUCCUCUCCAAACUUCUGACAGCGAAAAGAAUGGCAUCCCCUUUAAGAGAACUCAGUUUCCUGUCAAGUUAUGUUUUGCAAUGACGAUUAACAAGUCUCAGGGGCAAACUCUGGAUUAUGUAGGGAUUUACUUGCGCGAACCUGUUUUCUCUCACGGCCAAUUAUACGUUGCCAUUUCUCGUGCAAAAAGUUCAUCUGCAGUUAAAGCACUGAUAGUUCCAGCAACGUAUCGAGACGUAGUUACUGAGUGCAAAACUAGAAAUGUUGUCUUUCAUGAAGUUCUUGAAUUAGCUAGACAGUAG